GGUUCAGUGCCACUUGCCAGUUGCCAGUUCACACUUCACGGUUGCCACUUGCCACUCGUCUCGAGACCCGCCAUCACCAGUCAGUCGCUCAUUUCUCAGCUGUUUCAGUCACGCAGUGUAAAAAUACAGCUGGGGAUCAGUUUUAAUUCAAAAUUUUUUUUCUAUUCUCUUCCGAUUUCAUUUUUUGAGGAUCUGCCAACAAAUUACCAAGUUACAAAAUGAGCACCUACUUCAAUUAUCCACCUAUCGCCCUCCAAGAGGAGCUGAAAAAAAUCGCUUCCACAAUCGUCGCACCUGGAAAGGGUAUCCUCGCUGCCGACGAGUCGAUCGGUACGAUUGGAAAACGUUUCCAAGAGAUCGGCCUGGACAAUACCGAGGACAACAGGAGACUGUACAGGCAGCUCCUUUUCACUUCAGACAUUUCCCUGGCCGACAAUAUUUCCGGUGUUAUACUCUUCCAUGAGACCCUAUACCAGAAAACGGACGACGGUACCCCCUUUGUUGAUAUUCUUAAGCAAAGAGGUAUCGUCCCUGGCAUCAAAGUCGACAAGGGUGUAGUACCUCUCUAUGGUUCGGAGGAUGAAUGCACAACUCAAGGUCUUGAUGACCUUGCUGAAAGGUGCGCCAUGUACAAGAAAGAUGGUUGUCACUUUGCCAAGUGGAGGUGUGUCUUGAAAAUUUCCAAAAACACUCCUUCAUACCAAGCGAUUAUGGAAAACGCGAAUGUGCUCGCCCGCUAUGCUUCAAUAUGUCAGGCCAACAGGCUCGUCCCGAUCGUCGAGCCUGAAGUUCUUCCGGACGGAACGCACGAUCUUGAAAGAGCGCAGAAAGUAACGGAAACAGUUUUGGCCGCUGUCUACAAAGCGCUGAACGACCACCAUGUUUUCCUUGAGGGAACUCUACUCAAGCCGAACAUGGUCACCGCUGGAAUGCAGUGCCAAGUAAAAUACAGCCCAGACGAAAUUGCACUAGCGACCGUCACAGCUUUCCACAGGACUGUACCGUCAGCCGUCGCAGGAAUAACUUUCCUUUCAGGUGGCCAAUCCGAGGAGGACGCUUCUGUCAAUUUGGACGCCAUUAACAAAUGUCCAGGAAAGAAGCCGUGGCCGUUGACCUUUUCGUACGGAAGGGCCCUCCAGGCAUCCGUCAUUCGCACCUGGAAGGGAAAAAGCGAAAACGUACAAGCGGCGCAACAAGAACUCCUCAAGAGAGCCAAGGCUAACGGGCUUGCCAGCCAGGGCAAGUACUCUGCUGGAACUGUUAAAGGAUCUGCAGCCAAAUCUGAUCUUUUUGUCAAAAACCAUGCUUAUUAAAUCAUGUUACGCAAGAUAAAAAAGUGCCAUUAAUUGUUUUGAAAAGACUGCAAAAAGAUUUUCUGAUUAAAAAACUCAUUCCUUUGAACUGUGCAUUAAAUGUUUUCUGAAAUUCUUUACAAA